GCAGGGCAGCCGCCCACGCAAGCAUGGCUGCGCCCACUUGCGGCGCGUAUGUCUGUUUCGAUCGUGGGGCUGGGCUUUAGGCAGUAAGUGAGGCUGGCGGCCGGGGUUCCCCGAGCGGGGACGUGGGAGGCGCAGGGGCGCUGUGGGCGGCACACCUGAGGACCGCGAGGCGAGGGGCUGCCCGGGCGGCCUCAGGACGCGGCGCUCUGGGCGCGGCGUCCGCGAUGCGCGGCCGCGGGGACCCUUGCCUCUUCGCGCCCCUGGGCCCCGUGGUGGCGUGAGGGGCCUGAGGGAGACCGGAAUCCAGACCACGAGCUCGAGGCCAGACUUUGAAGUUCCAUUUUUUUGUUCCUUUUUUGUUUGGUUUUGGUUUUGGUUUUCCUGAGGAACGGGUUGAAAAGGAAUAUAUUGCGUUUCAGCGCUUCCUGUCUCUUAGGAACUGUGCUAGGCGCUGUGCGUUUCUCCUCUCCAGGUGACCCUCCUCCACCCUCAGGGUAGGAUUUAGUUUCACAAUGUUUGGGGAUCUGUUUGAAGAAGAUUAUUCCAGUGAGUCAAAUAAUCAGUACGGAAAAGAGAAGAAAUUAAAGACCAAGGUUUUGGAGCCACCAGCUCCUAGAGAAUUCACCAAUUUAAGUGGAAUUAGAAAUCAGGGUGGAACCUGUUACCUCAAUUCCCUCCUUCAGACUCUUCAUUUCACACCUGAAUUCAGAGAAGCUUUAUUUUCCCUGGGCCCAGAAGAGCUUGGUUCGUUCGAAGAUAAGGAUAAACCUGAUGCAAAGGUUCGAAUCAUACCUUUACAGUUACAGCGGAUGUUUGCUCAGCUUCUGCUCUUAGACCAGGACGCAGCGUCCACCACAGACCUCACGGACAGCUUUGGGUGGACCAGCGAUGAGGAAAUGAGGCAACAUGAUGUGCAGGAACUGAAUCGAAUUCUCUUUAGUGCUCUGGAAACUUCUUUAGUCGGGACCUCCGGCCACGACCUCAUCAAUCGUCUGUAUCACGGGACCAUUGUUAACCAGGUUGUUUGUAAAGAAUGUAAGAAUGUCAGUGAAAAGCAGGAAGACUUCUUAGAUCUAACGGUAGCAGUCAAAAACGUAUCAGGUUUGGAAGAUGCACUCUGGAACAUGUACGUAGAAGAGGAAGUUUUUGAUUAUGACAACCUGUACCACUGCGGGACUUGUGACAGGCUGGUUAAAGCGGCAAAGUCGGCCAAAUUACGUAAGCUGCCUCCCUUUCUUACUGUUUCAUUGUUAAGAUUUAAUUUUGAUUUUGUGAAGCAUGAACGAUACAAGGAAACUAGCUGUUACACGUUCCCUCUCCGGAUCAAUCUCAAGCCUUUUUGUGAACAGAGUGAAUUGGAUGACUUGGAGUAUGUUUAUGACCUCUUCUCAGUUAUUAUCCACCAAGGUGGCUGCUAUGGAGGACAUUAUCACGUGUAUAUUAAAGAUGUUGAUCAUUUGGGAAACUGGGAAUUUCAAGAGGAAAAAAGUAAACCAGAUCUCCAGAAUCAAGAAGAGAUUGACGAUGAUCCAUUGAUAAUUCUAAAAGCAGUCUUACUACAGGAGGAGAAUAAUCUAAUUCCUGUUGAUCAGCUGGGCCAGAAGCUCUUGAAAAAGAUAGGCAUAUCUUGGAACAAGAAGUACAGGAAACGGUAUGGACCGCUGCGAAAGUUCUUACAGCUUCAUUCUCAGAUAUUUCUGCUCAGUUCCGAUGAAAGUACAGUUAGCCUUUUGAAGAACGGUUCUCUCCAGGCUGAGUCUGAUUUCCAAAGGAAGGAGCAACCCCUUCUCCAGACACACGCUUCAGCGUCCCCGGGGUUACAUGAUACAACUUCCUGUCCCCACUGGUUUGACAUAAAUGAUUCCAAAGUGCAACCAAUCAAGGAAAAAGAUAUUGAACGGCAGUUUCAGGGUAAAGAAAGUGCCUACAUGUUGUUUUAUCGGAAAUCCCAGCUGCAGAGACCCCCUGAAGCUCGAGCCAAUCCAAGGUAUGGGGUUCCGUGUCAUUUGCUGAAUGAAAUGGAUGCGGCCAACAUUGAACUGCAAAGAAAAAGGGCAGAAUGUCAUUCUGCAAACAAUAAUUUUGAAUUGCAUCUCCACCUGGGCCCUCAUUAUCAUUUCUUCAAUGGGGCUCUGCACCCAACAUCGUCUCAAGCAGAAAGCGUGUGGGAUUUGACCUUUGAUAAAAGAACAACUUUAGGAGAUCUUCGACAAUCAGUAUUUCAGCUGGUAGAGUUUUGGGAAGGAGAUCUGGUGCUUAGCGUGGCCAAGCUUGUUCCUGCAGGACUCCACGUUCAUCAGAGGCUGGCUGGAGAUGACCUGACGCUGUGUGAAGUGGGAAUUGAGGAUGGGGAAGACAUCUUUGUAUGGAAUGGGGUGGAGGUUGGUGGCAUCCACAUUCCAACUGGUAGCGACUGUGAGCCUGUGCUCAUCAACAUUCUUCAUCUCACAGCAAGCAGUGAGGGGGGAAGGCGUCAGCAGACGGUAGAGGCCGCCCACGUGUUCCCAUCCAAUGCGGAAGUGCGGGCUGUGCUCACGGCCUUAGCAAUGCCCGAAGGGGUCCUCUUUGUCAGCACCACCGACCCCGUCGGGGAAGAGAACUGGGUGGCCAUUCCCGAGGAAGACCUGAAGAAGACGUUCCGAGAGCAGGGCCUCAGGAACGGGAGCUCACUUCUCGUCCAGGAGUCUAAUGACGAUAACAGUUUGCUGCUCAGACAGGGGAAAUGGUUCACUGGUAUGAAUGAGAUCAGCUGGCUCCAAAUUCAUAAUUUAUGCGAGGUAGAGUCUGAGAAGAAGCAAGUUAAAAUAUCAGCAACUGUGAACACAGUGGUGUUUGAGAUUCGAACUAAAGCCAUAAAGGAAUUAAAAUUAAUGAAGGAACUAGCUGAGAACAGCUGUUUGCGACCUAUUGAUAGAAAUGGGAAGCUUCUCUGUCCAGUGCCCGACAGCUAUACUGUGAAGGAAGCGGAGCUGAAGAUGGGGAGCUCAUUGGGACUGUGUCCUGGGAAAGCACCGACUCCCUCUCAGCUGUUCCUGUGUUUCACUGUGGGGACUGAAGUCCAGCCUGGUGCAGAGAUGGAGAUCAUAGUAGAGGAAACGAUGUCUGUGAGAGAUUGUUUAAAGCUCAUGCUGGAGAGGUGUGGCCUCCCAGGAGACAUGUGGCAUUUACGGAAAAUGGACUGGUGCUAUGAAGCAGGGGAGCCUUUAUGUGAAGAAGAUGCAUCCCUGAAAGAACUUAUGAUACGUUCUGGAGAUACUUUGCUUUUAACUGAAGGGAAACUUCUUCCCGUGGGUUUCCUGAAGGUGCCCAUCUGGUGGUACCAGCCUGGGGGUCCCUCGGGUCACUGGAAGAGUCUUGAGGACCAGAUGAACGGCACCCCUUCGCUAGGUGGGGCCUGGAGAGCUGCUUCCACCCAAGGCGCUCCAGGUGACCUGUAUGCAGAGGCUUCCCUCCGCCAUGUGGGGGACCUCGAGAUCUCAGAAGAGGCCACCUUGCUGGAGCUGAAGGCCCAGGCCAUGACCUUGUCCCCUUCCUCCGAUUUCGUCAUCCCGUCCCCAGCCUUCCUCAGAGCCUGGACCCUGGAAAGUAAGAGCCCCAGCAGGCUUUUACGGAUCAACCUGCAGCGGCUCAAGGAAUAUAAACUGGGAAGGAAAACAGAGAUCUGUUUAGAGCCCCUUCAGAAAGAAGAAAACUUGGGGCCCCACGACGUGGUGCUAAGGACACAGCUGCGCGUCCCCGGCAAGAGGGCGUACGGCCCACACGUGGACUUGGUGUGGGACACCGCCCGGGGCUGGACCACCAGCUCCCUGAGGCAGUGCAUCGCCCACUCGUGCUCUCUUCCUGUGGAGAAGAUUGAAAUCGCCAAGUAUUUCCCUGAAAAGUUCGAGUGGCUUCCGGUCUCCAGCUGGAACCAGCAAAUUACCAAGCGGAAAAAGAAGAAAAAGCAAGAUAAUUUGCAGGGGGCGCCUUAUUACUUGAAAGAUGGAGACACUAUUGGUAUUAAGAAUCUCCUGGUUGAGGAUGACGAAGAUUUCGGUACUGCCAGAGACGACCUGGGAAAAGCAGCACAGAGGCAGCUCGCUCUGGGAAAACAGAAAAGCCAAGAAGCCCUUCGUGUGCAGGGCAGUGACGUUUGCUCCAGGGCCAAGACGCCCGGCCGGCCCCGCGCACCAGAGGCAUCUCUUUCCAUCCACGUUGGGAGCUUCAGAUAACGCUGGUGGCCGCGACGUCCCCGUGGUCUCCGCACCCCGGUGGGGUGGGUCCUGGCGGCGGUGGGCAGGGGGCUCUGCUGCGGCCACAGCUCCCCGGGGCCGCCGUGAGCGCCGCUGUGUGGCUUUGGCCUUCUGCAGACGCGACUCCAGACCCUCCGCUUUCUAACAGGCAGAGGGAUGUGCCACCUCCCGCCAGGCAAGUGUACUGUGUCACGCACACGUCCCCGUGGGGGGCUUGCACAGACCUGGCCGUGUCGCCCCGCGGCCGGUCACACGCUGCCCUCGCACCGCACAUCACCCCGGCCGCCACUGUACACGAAAACGGACCGGCGUCGCAUGAACUGCGGGCACGGAUAACGCGGCACGUUGCUACCCUCGGAACGUCCGCCGCCUGCAGCGCUCACGCUCGGCCGUCCUCCGCUGUUCAGACCCGGUGGUUGUGUGUUAACACGGAUUCCUACAGCUCCGCUCACGCCGGCGGGCUGGCCCGGCUCCUGCCGGGACACAGGGUACUUCGGGCCCCCGCACGGCACAUGAUUCCCUUUCCUCUGAGUUAAAACCGUUUCUAAAGCAUUAGCUCUCUUUCCAGAAUGAGGAGACAGGGUGGCCCCUUGGGCUCAGCGGACGCGGCUGAAGAGAAGGAACCCUCAGGGGUGGCGACCCCGGUGGCGGCUCAGCAGCCCCGAGGUGCCCUCUGCCCUGUGCUGCCUGCGAUCAGAACCUUCUCGCUGCUGCCGCCGCUGCCAAAGCCCCUGUGUCCGGAAGCCUGGCGUGGGCCGAGCGAUGGCCCCGAGUUUCCUCCAAACAGAAAACGUAAACCAGGAUCCUUUUCCUCCUGACUAAGCGUGGCUAACACUCAGACUUCACCGGCAUCCGUGGCGGAGCAGCGUCGGUCCCCGAGCCGGGGGACGAGGACACAGGGACCGUGCACCCCCCGCCGGGCCGGAGCGGGAUUGCUGCGAAGGGAACGCGCUCACUCCUACCUCACGUGAGGCUUUGCGGCAGCUCUUGCCGCGAGGCCAUCGGCGCCCCUUCCCCCAGCCCGCACUCGGUGGCGGGAAGACCGGUGCGAGCUGCCGGUCCCAGCCGCGGGGGGAGGCACCGUGUCUGGCGUCACCGUGCCCGGGUCGUGUCCGCGUUUGGACUGAAGCGGCGGUGGUGUGAGACGCCUGACUUGCUCUCUUGGGCCCCAGACGCUGGAUCCACCCUAGGGGCCUCCCACGCGGGUGUAGACGGGCUCCACAGAUGCACCUUGUGUGGCUCCCUGACGCCAACGCCAGAGGUGAGGGGGUCGUGGCUGGAGCCUGUCCCUCCGCGGCCGUUCCUUUCACACACGCUCCGUGGGCGGCCCGGUCGCUGUACAGUCGUAAGAUAGCGACGCAGUGACUGCACACCUGUGCUUGGGAGAAGCCCGAGGCCUCGCCACACGUUCCCGCCGGAGACCGCGCCGGCGCACGUGCCUUCGUCCUGCCUUCUGUCCGUCCUUCCGUCCCUCCGGGUGGGGGUGGAGCGGGGCCCCGGGGGCCGUGAGGCCUUGUUCAAUAAGCCGAUCUUCU